AUGCCCGAGGCAUUCGAAUGCCUCCAUGGCGACCUGAUUGUUGAGUUGGCCGACUACUUGACGACAGGUGAUGUCACGGUAAAUCUGACACCAUCAGGCCUGAAAAGAAUGCGCGGACUUUUGGACAUUCAAGGAAUGGCCCACUCCAUCUGCAGCCUGAAAGUGAACGCCAUUCACUACCAUGACUGGCCUGCGCCAGUUCCUAGGUGGUAUCCACUCGGAAAUUUGCCUGCCCGGAUCUGGCAUCAAGUUUGGACAACCUGGCAGACGGAGACAUAUUUACCAUCGCAGAGAUCGUGGCUAUCAGACAUGCUGGCAGAGCAAGAUGCAAGCGUAGCAGGCGCAGGUGUUGCCAUGCGGGGCACGCUUGCUGAUAUUUUACAAGCCUUCCCCAACGGUCUGAAAACUCUCUCCCUAGAAGAUGUGGUUAUCUGUCACACGAGCAGCCGUGUUUCACCCAUGGAUUGCAAUAUGUUAUAUCUGUGUGCCUUUUGGUCUCGGGCGCUCCAAGCAUUUCAAGUUAUGAUGUCUGCCUUGGCAUGCUCACAAAUUCGCCGUCUGGAUGAGCUUGUCAUCUUUGAAGAAACCAAGAUGUGCGGUAUUCCGAGCAACGAGCUUGUUUUGCCACUUGACUGGGACCAAGCGGCUAAGUUCAGAAUCAUCUGCAGUAGACUGAAGCGCUUCUCGGUCAGCAUUACCGCACCCUUCCUUCCACCAAGGCCAAGCCUUAUGCCUCCCCGAAAUCGUACCUUCUAUGAACCUGUGGAUGUCGCACCUGAGAUGAUGCACGUUGGUUGUUAUCACAGGAAUGCACAAGGUCUGAAGACAUCUCGUUUUUGUUCGAAGCUGAGGGAGUUGGACGAAAUUGCUUACAUGUUUGAGGGACUGGGAUACAUAUUAUCGGCAUCAUUCAAAGGCCGCAUGGCUUUGGGGAGUCCCACGUCGCCACCCUUAAGACUGCUCGUCUUGGAAGGUAUCCAAACUGUGAGAAAUGACCUAGAAGCGUUUCUGCUUAGGCUUUCGCAGCUACGCAGCCUUGGGCUCAUAAACAUUCGACUUUCAACCUCCUUAUCAGCUCAGAAGAUUGUGAAGACUGGAAGAUACGACUGUAGGGGGUGGACAGAGUUCACCGAAGGGACUUUGGUUGACAAGAUGCCACGACUCGACAUACUGCGCUUGUCAGACUUGGAGCUGGAAUCGGCUCGCAUCGACAGCCUUUUUAAAUCCGGGAAGCUGUGUUGCCUGCAACUCUUCUGGGAUGAGAUACGCAAGACUCGCCACGACAACCAUAAAGAGACGACUUUGGGAGUCUUUCGCAUGUCAGACUGUCUCCGCCACAAUUGCAUUCGCAUGCCGAACACGCAGGUUCUUGAUACGGGCUCUACCUACCUGCCACUCUCGAAUCAGGUUUCCUUCACUUUAGACAUUGGAAUGUUGUACCUAAGAAGCCCGGCGGGUGCUCGGUGGCUUACGUCUGCGCUAUUUCACAUCCUUAAAAAGUAUUACAUUUCGAAUUCGGAAGAAGCAUAUGGCCGUUCCUUUCAGCAUGAGCUACUUUGUGACCCCGAUGAGUUCCUCGAAAUUGACACGCUGUUAGAGUUAUGGGACGACUAUGAGCUGUGCUAUUACGCCCAAGAUUCUCUCCGAGAGCCUGAAGAUGCGACUGUGAAGCGGACUAUUGGAGCAUUCAUCCCAAUCUAG